AUGAGCGGCUCGAAGGCGCGGGCGGCGGCGGCGGGGCCGGAGAAGAAGCCGCCGCCGGGGGCCGGGGGGGCGCUCAGCCGGCUGCGGGCGCGGCGCGGCUCGGCGGACGCGGCGCCGCCGCGGGGCGGAGCGCUUUGGACCGAGUCCGAGCUGCUGGCGCUGGAGACUGUCCGGCCCGAGCACGUCCUGGGGCUGUGCCGGGUCACGGAGAAUUAUUUAUGCAGACCAGAGGACAACAUUUACAACAUUGACUUUACCCGGUUCAAGAUCCGGGACCUGGAAACCGGAACAGUGCUUUUUGAAAUUGCAAAGCCGUGUGCUUCAGAGCAAGAUGAACAGGAUGAAGAUGACAGCAGUGAGCUAGAUGCCAGUGCAGGCCGCUUCGUUCGUUACCAGUUCACCCCAGCAUUUCUCCGUCUUCGGACUGUUGGUGCAACAGUGGAAUUCACAGUGGGAGAAAAGCCAGUGUCAAACUUUCGAAUGAUUGAAAGACAUUACUUCCGAGAUCGCUUACUGAAGAACUUUGACUUUGAUUUUGGGUUCUGCAUCCCCAGUAGCAGGAAUACAUGCGAACACAUCUAUGAAUUCCCUCAGCUCUCGGAAGACCUUAUCCGUCUGAUGGUUGAAAAUCCAUAUGAGACUCGCUCAGACAGCUUUUACUUUGUGGACAACAAGUUGAUCAUGCACAACAAGGCCGACUAUGCUUACAAUGGAGGACAGUAACUGUUAAAUGACCACUGGAUGCUGUGCUACUGCUAACCAUUCCGGAAAUCCAGGAGGGGACCGGAGUUACUGUCUCAUGCAGCAAGGCUUCUUGCCAAACCUUUUCUCCUUGCAUGAGACUGAAAACAUGAAGAAAAGAAGGCAGCUCAUGAAAGUAAAGGAAAUCUCCCUACAACACUUCCCUAUUCAACAUUCCUAAGUACCUUGCCUCUGUCUUUCUCUUUUCCUGGUUAGCUUCUGGUACCUUGGUUAGGUUAUGGAUCGGAGGCUCUGUUAGAAAAUUGUUGCUGUUACUUUUUUUUUAAUAGUUAGGUUGCACUUCUAGUGCUUCUGAUAUUUCACCAGUUGGGUGACUGACUACCCUCUUACAAGAGGUCAGAUUGUUUCAGUAAGCUAUUUCUUAGCAGGAAAAUGUGCCCCCUUCCGUUAGCCAGUGAAGCCUGAAGAGCAGAUCUCUUCUCCGGUUGGAUAGAUCAUCUCUUCAUUGCGUAGGGGUUUAGUCUGUAGCAUGGCUGGAUUUGCUUUGUAGGGUGCAUCUUUAUAUUCCCUGGUGGAAAGUUAAAGUAAGAGACUAAUUCAGCUUCUAAGCAGUGCAGGAAUCUUCCUUCUGCUUCCAGGGGCCUGAACUGCUCCUGGGAACUGCUUAAUCUGUAUUUUGCCAGAGAUCUCACUAGAAAUGGAAGUUAAGAAAAAAGGGAGUUUAUCCAGGUUAGUCAUCAAGUCAAUCUGAUAGCAUUUCUGUUUGAGCUCAUGUGAGCAAAUUGUUGAAUUACGGAGCUUGGCAUCAACUUUAGAGCUGAAGUUAAUCUCACUUUAUUCACUGUUUCUUCUGUUUCCCAUUGCAUAGGAAUUUUGGCUCUUGUUAUAGAAUGUAUUGUCUUUGGGCUGACAGCAAGUUGUCAGUCUAGCUGGGGUGGAGGGGUGGGGUGUCGAUCUAGUGCACUUGGAGGAAAAAGGGAGAAUGUGGAAACUCACUUGAAGAACAUGUGGGAAGCUGAGCUUCCUAGGCUUCAAUAGGUUCUUUAAACCUUUUAGACCUGAAUGAUCUGUCAGAGGUGCUGGAAGGAGAGAUGGUGGUGUUACCAGCUCAUUUGCUUUGUUUUAUGUCAGCUAUAAUGUAUUAGCUGAAAGUUGCCCAAGUCAAAUUGCUCAGAUGGUGUUAAGGAAUGGGAUUCUUAUGACCAAAAAGCAAGAAUUGUUCAAGUUCUUGUCACUGCUUUGCCUGCUUACGAGCGCAUUUAUGCUUUAGGAAGCUCUUCCUCUUAGUUGGUUACCCGCUAGACCAGAGGGUGUGUUUCACAACUGCGUUUGGUAUCUGGCAGCAGUGAGGAAAUAGUGUAACGUGCUGAGAUGGGGAGAUCUGUGUCUUCCCAGCAGCCAUGCUGGGGCCCAGCUUCUAGCUAUGCAAAUCUGAGCUAAGAAAGCCCUUCUCUGCAUAUUUUACUGGCUCUGGAGACUGUUGUUUUCCUGUCCCUCUCCGUGGGCUGGUCAGUCAUGGCUAUUGUAGAUGAGAAUUAGCUUGUACCUAGACUAGAGACAUUUGCUAGUACUAAUUCCGCUUAUUCCCUGAGACAGUUGAAACCUAACUCCUUGGCGGAUACAGUUGGUUACCUGUUGUAUUAAGUAAGAUUGUGUUUUAGCAGGAUUGAAUGGAGUGUACGUUACAGCCUGGAGCUUGUUAGUACAUGCACAGCAGUAGGAAGCCACUGCCUUCACCUGGCAGACAAGUAAUGUUAACUUUGCUGUAGAGGAUCAGCUGGCAUCAGGGUAAGUGGUGAGAGUUUGUGGGGUGGCAGCCAUGAAAGAAUCUCCAGCUCUUGGGGAGGAUGUUUAAUUAUCAUUAACCACAACAAAUGAUCUGUUUUGGGAGGAGCAUUAAUCAUGAGCAACCACAGCAAACGUCUUGGGAAUGUGGAGGGGCAAGGUCUGCGUGGCUGAAAGAUGAAGAACAAUUCUGCUGCCAUGAAUUCCCUCCAGCAUCCCCAAAGGCACUUAAGCAAUCUCCUUUUGUGAUUUCAGAAUUAGGAAAACUGCUGUAGGGUGGAGCUCAAGAGGCCUCUUGCUCUGAUGAUCUUCAGAAGGCUUUGUGCCAUGCCAUUGCGAUGGGGAAACUUGCCUUUUGUUUUAAGAGCAGGUAGUUACUUGUGACAAGGCAGAACUGCCCAGAAGGGUGUUCUCCAUCCUAAACUGUUCAGAGAUGCUCAGGAUAAAGGUGUCUGAAGAGGCUCUUAGUUAUUCCCUGGCUGAUUUUAGAAUUUUGAGCUGAAACUGUGUGUAGUGUAAACCCAGGUGCCUUGAAAUGUUACUUUUGUCUCAUUUUCUGUAUGAAGCAAUCUACUCUGGCUUUUUCUUAUGAAUGUGAUUCCCAUCUAUUUCCUAUGUCACUAAGUACAGAUACUUAAAAGGAAGAUGCACUGUUGCUAGAGUAAGCAGCAGAAAUUACUGGUGAAUACCAACUUGUGUAAGCUGUGCUAGUCAGCGUGCAGUGCUGCACAGUUGGCAGCAUUUGGUAAGUGUGCAGGUGCCAUCUAGCCGCUGCUUUGCAGAAUGCAGCUGAACCACAUGAGAACGCUCUUCUAAAUAUGAGGCAUUUGAUACUACAGGGAAGUGGAUUCCUGUCUUAAAUAGCCAUUACUUCUGUCAGUAGUGACAAGAAGAAAUCAUUGAAUCAGUUGCUUUCCCACCAGUGAAUGUAUAAUCUGUUUAGCAAUAAGAAAAGGAAAACUGGAGGAAAAACAUAACAAGACUUGCAGGCAGGCAGCAUUCACAUGCCUAAGAUGGUUUCUAACUGAAGUUGUUUGCUUUGCCAAAUUAGAGAGUCUUUGCCCAGAAAAGCAUGCUGCAGGAAAAAAAUCCCUACAAGAGGGCAUCCUGGCACUGGAAAAGAAUUUAUUGUAACCCAAAGUCAGGCACUUCUGGACUCUUGUCCCUACCUUGUCCACUUCUGUAGGGUUCCUCUUCUCUUAGAUGCCUUCUGUGAAGUCUCUUCCCUUUGUGGCCGAGAUAAUGGCUUUGGUAAAUGUGGUUUAACAGACCAUUUUCCUCCUCCUGGUUUCUGUAUUCUGGUGCUUUGGAUUGAAGCUACUCAAGCCAGUGGGCUAGGAAGAAAUUCAGAUGGGAUUGCCUCCUUGUCAAGUGGAUGGUCUGUUCCUAGCCGUGCGCUGAAAGGAGGUGCUUUGUGUCGAUCAAAGUUUGAGCAAGAGAAGGUGCAUCUCUGUAGACUGCCUCUCUCAGAUCAUGUGUGCUGAGUUGGAAAGAGGAAAGAGAGGAUUGUACUGCAUUCUGCUAUAACAAAACAAAAAAGGGGACCAAACCCACAGACUCGUGCUAAAUCUUUCCAGUAUUGGUCCUUUCAGGACCAGGACCUCUUUUGCUGCACUCUUGAGGUGAGUGCCUUGGCUCUGUGCAGGCAAGCCUCCUGGACAGUUGUUUCAUAAGAGACUGAAGGAUUCAUAUUGCACCUUGCAAAGGAAGGUCGUCUCUCCCUAUAUGGACGGAGUACUGCUGUCCUCGUCUCUUUUUGAUAGGAAGUGUCUUCCUUUGUGUGCUUUCUUUAAGACUUUCACUGCAUCUCACUGCAGAGAAGCAGCAACAGCUUCCCCUCUGGAGCCUGAGGAUCUUUCUUCUGCUUAUCUGAAGGUUCAGCAAGAAUGAAACAUGUUUAGAAGGCAGAAACGAAUGAGGAAGGUGGCGACGGUGAAGCGGUAAGCCCACACGUGGUAACUCUGCUUCUCUGCUCUGUAUUUUGUUGCAUCAACUUCAGAUGUUUCCCCGUGUUUGCCUUCUGCUCUGCUGUCCUGUAACACCGCGCUGCUGCGCCGUGCGCCACCCGAGAGCGCGCACCGGUGCUGGCUGCAAUCAUCAACGCUGCCGUCUCCCUGCAGCUGUAUGCGGAGGACAAGGCUAACGGACGGCGGGCUGCUGAAGUCAAAUGCCCCUUCCUCUUCCUCUGCUCCGAGGAUAACGAGCACCAGCGACUACCGGACCACCUGCACGGACCUGUACCUCUCACCGCGUGGCCUUGGCGCCGCUCCUCCCCGCUGCCCCCCUCCGGCGCUCCCGGCAUGGGGCUGCCGUGGGGGCGGGAGCCCGCUGGUGCCAGGGGCUGAGGGGGCCGAGGGAGCCCCGGGCCGGGCAGCGUGGCCGGGCGUGCCCGGGCCGGGCUCUCUGUCACGAGCAAUAGCACCGAAUAAACCUCCCGAGUGUCGCAC